GUAUAUAAUGUAGGGGAAGUAGAAGGUUACGUAUAGUCAAGUGUUUACUUGCUACUUUGGUCAAAUACCGGCCAAGAUGCAUACUUUCCCAACCACCUUAUGGAUCUGCGCGCUCAGUAUUCUGAGUGUCAAGGCAGCACCCAACCAAUUAGUAAACAACGCUGCCUAUUACGAAAACAACGUAGCGAACCACCAAAACAACGCAGCACGUUACGAAAACGUUGCAGCAAACCUACAGAACAAUGUUGCAGUCCAAAACAAUUUAAACUCUCGUAACAACGCAGUCAACUACCAAAAUAACGUCGAAAACAACCAAAACGCUGCAAACUACCGCAAUGUCGCUGCAAAUUACCAGAACGCAGCGCGUGAAGCAGAGUUGCAACAAAGGGUCGCAGAACAAAGGGCCGUUGCUGCUAACAGCAACGAAGCUCUUCAGUACCAGAAUGCAGUGCGUGAAGCAGAGUUGCAACAGAGGGUCGCUGAACAAAGGGUCGCUGCUGCAAACAACCAGAUUUACGAGAACAAUUACCAGAGGGCACCAGAAAAUGUUGUUACAGUGAACAACGAAGCUGGAAGAUACACCAACGUAGCAGAUCUCGCUAGAAACAGUUACCAAAAUAAUUACCCACAAGUUCAGCCAGUGCAGGCUGUACAACCGGUGCAAAAUGUACAAACGUUACAGAAAGUCAACGCUUACCCGGUCAACGAACAGGUCAACACUGUGUCAAGCCCAAGGAUCAUUGAAGUCCCUCUUGUCAAUAACUUUGCAGAAUAUGAUGUUAGAACGCAUCAAACAGUUGAAAAUGAUAGGACUGUUGUAAACGUGCAGGUAUUACCACUUGGUAAGUAGAUUACAAUAGUUUAA